CAUCGAUGACCUUUUUUAUAGACAGCCAGGAAAUAUAAAACGCUUAUGGCACUCUAGAAGAGGGUUAUUUUCAGUAUCAACACAACGCUUUGAUUUCAAGAUUAUCAACUAACUCAAGUGCCACGAGAUGCAAAGAAACUCUUACUGUAUUUGGACGCUGUGCCUUCUUUCUCUGUUAAUGCAAGGAGAUGGAAACCCAAUUCCUAAAGGAAAAGCUAAAACAGUAAGAGGUAAAAAGGCUCCGAUGAAAAGGCAGUUUGUUUAUUAUCCUCAAACAGUAGCAGUCGUUAGCUACCCGUAUCAGCGCAGCAAUGUCGCGCACAAACAAAGACUGCAAACUGCCAGAAAUAAAAACUGUCAGAGGACAUGUCAACAGAGAUGCACUCCAGAUUGUGACUUUACCUGCUGUGUAGCGACACCCAAUCCUGUGUUGGCUCCACCACUUACUCCUCGCCUAACUGUUCCUGUCGUAUCGUGUGCCUCCUACUGCCCGAGCACCUGUUAUCCAGACUGCAGCCCUAGCUGCUGUAAGCCAAAGCCAGCUCAUCCGAUAGCUCCACCAAUGCCACCACCCCCUCGUCCUCCUCCCAUGCCACCUGCCUGUCCAACCAACUGCCCGAUGUCUUGCUAUCCGCAGUGUUCACAGUCAUGUUGUCAACAGUCACCAGCUUAUGCACAAGUUUAUAAACCGUUGGCAAUACCUCCUCCUAUAAGGCAGUGCGCUCAAGUCGGAUGUUCACAAGCUUGUUAUCCCAAAUGUUCAUCCCAGUGUUGUGGUGCUCCCCAAAUUCCCUCUGUGCAAAUGCAGCCACCACCGCCUCCUCUCAUUGCCCCGUCACCUGUGCCUCCGAUAGUUAUUCCGCUUCCACUUCCUGUCCCACAAUGUCCAGCUCCUUGCCCAGCUUCCUGUCUACCAUCUUGCACUCCACAGUGCUGCACAGGAGCACAGCAACAAUUUCAACCUCAAACACAACCUCCUCCCAUAAUCAUCCUGGAGCCUCCAGCCGCUCCACAGCCGUCUACGUGUCCUGCACCUUGUCCAGCAUCGUGCUCCCCUCAGUGUAAUCCAACUUGUUGCACUCCAUCGACAAUAAUGGCUUCUCCUAAGCCGCCUCAAUCCCCGCCUCGCCCCCCAAUACGACCAUUUCAACCACCACAGGCUUCAACUUGCCCUGCACCUUGUCCAGCAUCGUGUCAUCCACAAUGCAGCCCAACUUGUUGCUCUCCAACUGCCAUGCUGGCCCCACCUCUACCUUCAUUACCAUCCAUCCUACCUGCUCCCUUUGGGCAGACAUGUCCAGGAUCAUGUCCCAGUUCGUGUGCACCAAGUUGCAGCACAGACUGCUGUUGCCAGCCGCGGUAUGACCCUAAAGAUCUCAGGGGCUUGUUUCCACUAGACUCCUCUCCGGAUUGUCCAACAACUAACGACUGAUCGAACUUACGACAUUAAUUUUAGUUCGUUUAACUCGGUCUGUAACCUGUCUGUGGUUCGGCGAAGAAAGUUAUAACCGUUGGUUUCUUCAGCUUGUGAGAUUUUUUUGAGGUUGCAGUGGUGGCCACCGAAUAAGCGCUAAUGUAAUGUGCCAUUCAAGACCUCGCAAAGUUAAGAGCCUUAUCGACCCAGCAGUGAUUGCUCGGACGUCAUUUUCGUAGGAAUAUUCCAUGCCUAAUUACCUUGAGGACGUUCUGAUUACUCUUGAGUGUUUGCGUUUUAUGAUCGGAUGAGUAACGUCGAGAAGAUCACAAACGCAAUGACGCAGAUAGCGACAAACACUGGUCCAUGAGAAGAUAUUGAGAAAAAGAUCAAUUUUGUAUGGGGAAAUUAUCAAUUGAGUAUCAAAAAUUAAUUUUGGGGUUGGAUUGGUUGCACUUGACCUUAUGAUUAAUUGGGAAAUUCGUGCCACUCUUUCAAAAUUAGUGUUAGUUUUGACGUUUAAUGAGAAACCGCUCUUAUUUCCCAUUUCAGUUGGAUUAAAUCAAAAUCAUUGAAACGACUUAUAUUCAGUAUAUUUAAUGUAUAGGGGCCAUAAUUUUACGUAUAGGGUAUUUAAUAUCCCUGAUUUACUUCUAUCACAGUCUACUGAAACCCAACAUCGACAAGCUACUUAAUAGGGCACUCAAGAAACUGAAUUACCCGACGACCCUUUGGAUGGACUUCUGGGGGAAAAUGCCUGGCGCGUUUAUAUUUUUGUUUAUUUUUUUAGUAUGUAUAAUCUUCGCGUAAAUAAACUUAA